AUGAAGAUAUUAACCUUACACGGCCUCGGAUCGUCAGCGUCAAUGCUGAAAGAGCAAAUUGCCCCUUUUAUGAGAGAAUUAGGCCCAAGCUAUCAGUUUACUUUUGUUGAUGGAGAAAUACCCUGUGGCAGAGGGCCGGGAGUACCACACUGGGCAACAGGACCUUUCUUUUCGUAUGCGGCCGGCUUCAGUCCACCACAAGUACAGAAUGCACUCGACCGACUGGAUCAGUUCAUCAGGGAGAAGGGACCCUUUGAUGGUAUCCUUGGCUUCAGCCUCGGAGCAGCUUUGGCCAUGCUCCAUAAGAAAUUGUGUAUGGCAUCUUUGACGCAGGUACACACACACAAAGGGGCCCAUGACAUUCCUUUCACCAGAUCGGAUGUCAAAAGCAUCGUCUCAUCAAUCAGGAACGUAGCUGAAGAGCUGAUUGAAUGGGGUGCAGGAUGA